UUCUCCUCCAAAGUUCUCCAAAAAAUUUGUUUGAUUAUUUCUGAUGGAAUUGGAUUUCAAGAUAUGCACAAACUGGUUAGUGAAAUCCAUUGUAAAUGGCAAUUCGGUCUCGCAUUUUGCGAAGGAAUUCCGUUGGAAAAAUCAGCGAUUGCCGCAAACCAACUUGGUCCAUAUCAAACGCUAUUCGGCCUAGAUCGACUUCAGAAAAGAAAAGCUUCUUUCAUUCGCCUUGGUCGAUCGUUAAAUAAUAAUCUUUAUGAACGAGAGAUCGAAGAAACCAAACGAAAGGCAUCAUUCAUUCGUUUGGGAAGAACUUCAAUCGCAGACGAUCAACUACCAUACGGAAAGAGAAAAGCUUCGUUCAUACGCCUCGGUAGAAAUUUAAGAAUAAACGAAGAAUAUCCACUCGAAAAUAAAAGAAAAUCCUCACCAUCAUUCAAUGGACAAAGUUCAUCGCGCGAAAACGAUCGAAACAUAAAGAAGAGAAAGGCUUCGUUUAUACGUUUUGGCUGA